CGCCGCCUGAGGCGGGCGAGCGGUGAUUGGCGGGCUGGGGCUCCGCGGGGAGGAGCGCGAUGUCUGAGUUUGGGCGGGAAGUGAAACCGCCACGGCCGCCGCUCUCCAGCUCCAGGACUCUGCCGCUCUCCACUGAGGAAGGGCACCAUGGUGCGCCCUGCCAGAAAUAAAAAACCAGUCAAUUACUCACAGUUUGAGGACUCUGGUGGUGACUCUGAUGACGAUUUUAUUUCUUCAACCAUGCCUAGAAACAAAAAGCCCAAAACCGUGCCAAAGGAGUUAAAGCAGGACAAACCAAAACCUAGCUUGAAGAAUCUCCAGAAAGAAGACAUCCUGCCAGAGAAAGCCCCUAAAAAAAGGGUGGCUUUGGAUGACAAGGUCUUCCAGCGAGGCCUAGAAGUUGCCCUGGCUUUAUCUGUGAAGGAACUUCCAACAGUCACCAACCAGGUGCAGAAGUCUCAAGAGAAAAGCACUGACGAACACAGCAAUAGGAAAGCAGAGAUAACAGAGGAGUCUCCUCCUGUCUCUAACUGCAGUGGAACCAGUGAUAAUUCAGAAGAUUUAGACAAGGUCGUAGAGGAGGGGGACACCAGCAUUGUUGAAGGAGAGGAAAAAGCAUCAUCUAAAGCCACGGCUCAGCGGCCACGGCAGAGGAGGGCGAUCUCGGAAGGCAGUGACAGCAGCAGCGGUGCUGAUGACGCUGAGCCGGACAGUGCAGCUGAUGAAGAUUCAGAAAAUGAUUCUAAUUUUGAUGAGAGUGAAGAAAGUGAUGAAGAAUUUGCAGUGAGAAAACGUAAAGUUAAAGAAACGAAGAAGAAAGCGGUGCAGAGAAAACCCGCAGUGGGCAAAGAAAAGAAAUCGAAACACAAGUGUGAGGCGUCAGUGACUUCAGUAGAUAUGGCUCCAGCUGCCGUCAAGUCAGACUCUCCAUCCUUACCCGAGGCAGAUGGUCUUUCUUCUGAGGCCAGCAGGAAAUCAGCAAAAAUGUGCAGCCCUUCAGCUGAAGGCAAGAGACCCAAGUGGGUCCCGCCAGCUGCCUCCGGAAGCAGAAGCUCCAGCAGCAGCCCUCUGGCAGGAGCACCCACCAAGUCCCCAAGUCAGAGCCUGCGCCUGGGCCUCUCCCGGCUAGCACCAGUUAAGCGUUUGCACCCAAAUGCCACAAGUAGCCAAGUACGGUAGCAGGAAAGGACCUGUGGGACCCUCAGUCCUGCAAGCUGUUGUUGUGUUCAACUUGCACGUGGAGGAAACCUUUAAUGAGUCACAUGAAGGAUCUCUGUUUUGUGAUUCUGGUCUCAUUAAAGCUUUUCUGUCUUUCAGCAGAGGGUUCUUGGAGGCUCUCCUCAUGUCACUCCUGAAGAAUGUGUUGUGUUUUCUUAUGGUUCAUAAGUCACUGUCACUUGGCUCUGACACAUCUGUAGUCACAUGAUAUGUCUCCCAGCUCUUCAGAGUGUCUGGCAAGGGGAGAUCUGGUUCCUUCAGGAGGCGUUUCUGAAAUCUUUCCUGCUACUGUGUUUCUUUAGGUUUGUUAUUAGCUUGCUAUUUAUCCAGGUUGUCCUUAGUAAGGAUUCUGCUUUUGUACAUAUUAAAAUGAUAACUGCAGCAUGUGUUCCCUACGUGAGAACAUACAGUUAUUGUACAGCAGAUAGAAUUUAAUAAUACUUUAUGAACUCUUCAUUGUCAAAACUUUAAUAAAGUGAAAAUGUUUAAAAAUGUGUUCUUUGAUACCAUGUAUCCACCAGUCUACAUUUUGGUAAAUGAGUCUUCUGUGGUCACCAUAAGCAAGGGGAAGGAGUGUCUUCAUCACUUCAGAUUAAGCCAGAGCUUGGAAGACUGGCUGUCAACUUGUCACCCCUGUAUUAGCUAACACAGUUUUUCAGGAAGUUGGAUUCAUUUUCGGUAAAAGUAAUUAUUUUUAUGGUGAGACUAUCAACUUGUUCCUGAUCACUUUUUAGUAAAAAAUUUAAUGUUUACCAUAAAAUGUGCAAUGCCUUGCUUAGUUCUCAGCUGUGAGACUUCUGUGUUACCAUGAGAAGAAGCAGCUUUGAAUUAUGAUUAAAGUGAGCUUUUGCCUA